AUGCCUCCGGCAACAUCAUUCAUCAGCCCCACUCCUUCACUGAUGAUGAUGAUUACAUUCAUCUCGAUAUCGUUGCUUCUCGCCGCCGGCGAAACAAUCCCGACGACUUUAGACGGUCCCUUCAAGCCAUUAACCCGCCGAUUCGACUCAUCUCUUCGCCGAGGCAGCGACGACUUGCCUAUCGAUCAUCCAAAGCUGAGGAAGAGAAAUGCCACCUCCGAUUUCCCAGAACAAAUCGCUUUAGCUCUUUCUACUCCAACCUCCAUGUGGGUUUCUUGGGUCACUGGUGAAGCUGUGGUUGGAAAAGAUGUGAAACCGCUUGAUACUAGCUCCGUAGCAAGCGAGGUUUGGUAUGGGAAGGAGAAAGGAAACUAUUUGCUAAAGAAGAAAGGAAAUGCAACAGUUUAUAGUCAGUUGUAUCCCUUUGAUGGCCUUCUCAAUUACACUUCAGGCAUCAUACACCAUGUCCUCAUCGACGGUCUUGAGCCAGCAACAAAGUACUAUUACAAGUGCGGAGAUAGCUCUGUUCCUGCAAUGAGCGAGGAAAUAUCUUUUGAGACUUUGCCACUGCCAAGCAAAGACUCGUAUCCUCAUAGAAUCGGCUUUGUUGGGGAUUUGGGACUUACUAGUAACACAACAACCACCAUUGACCAUUUGAUGGAUAACGAUCCUUCACUGGUUGUGAUUGUUGGGGACUUAACGUAUGCAAACCAGUACCGUACAACUGGUGGCAAAGGAGCUUCUUGCUUCUCUUGUUCGUUUCCAGACGCACCUAUUAGGGAGACGUAUCAACCUCGCUGGGAUGCCUGGGGAAGGUUCAUGGAGCCACUGACUUCCAAAGUCCCAACGAUGGUCAUCGAAGGGAACCAUGAGAUUGAGCCACAAGCUUCUGGGGUCACAUUUAAGUCAUAUACUGAAAGGUUUGCUGUUCCUUCAAGCGAGAGUGGCUCCAACAGCAACUUCUACUAUUCCUAUGAUGCCGGAGGAGUGCAUUUUGUUAUGUUGGGUGCAUAUGUUGAUUACAAUCACACUGGAGCGCAGUAUGCAUGGCUAAAGGAAGACUUGUCUAAAGUUGAUCGCACAGUGACACCUUGGCUGGUUGCAACAAUGCAUCCGCCUUGGUACAACAGCUACUCCUCGCAUUACCAGGAGUUUGAAUGCAUGAGGCAGGAAAUGGAAGAGCUUCUUUACCAACACCGUGUCGACAUGGUGUUUGCAGGACAUGUACAUGCAUACGAGAGGAUAAACCGUAUAUACAACUACAGACUAGACCCGUGUGGGCCUGUUUACAUAACAAUUGGAGAUGGUGGAAACAUAGAGAAAGUUGAUGUGGACUUUGCAGAUGAUCCCGAUAAGUGUCCUUCCCCGAGAGACAACGUCCCCGAGAUUGGAGGAUCAUGCCCUCUAAAUUUCACAUCUGGCCCUGCCAAAGGCAAGUUUUGCUGGGACAGACAACCAGAUUGGAGUGCCUUCAGAGAGAGCAGCUUCGGCCAUGGAAUCCUUGAGGUCAUGAAUUCAACGCACGCCUUGUGGACAUGGCAUAGGAAUCAGGAUGUGUUUAAGGACGACAGCUUCGGUGACCAAAUCUACAUUGUUCGUCAGCCGAGUCUCUGCAUUUCCCCUGCAAGUUUAAGGGAUGCAGGGCAAAGGAAGGGUGGAAUCAGGCGACGGAUAUAG